UUCUUUACGUUUCUGGCUUCCACUUUCCACUCUCCAAUCCCAUGCUCUCGGUACUCCAAUCUUCACUCUUCAUAGCUUCGUGAACUCAACUUCUUCGAGUUUCUCGACACUUCUUCUCUGAUUUUUCUCAUUUUUUUCACUUGAAAUCCACCUCGAGCACUGAAUUUAGGCAGGAAGGGAAUAUGAGCAAUUCUAUAGGGAAUAACUUGCUGUAUCAGGGAUUCCUUACCUCAACAGUGUUGGAACAUAAAAGUAGAAUCAGUUCUCCUUGUGUUGGAGGCAAUUCUUUGUUUCAACAACAAGUGAUCGCGAAAUCGCCUUUAUCUAGUGAAUUUCGAGGUAACAGGUUAAAGGUGCAGAAAAAGAAGAUACCAAUGGGAAAGAAGCGUGCUAUUUCUAGUUCUCCUCAUGCUGUACUAACCACUGAUGCCUCUUCUGAGCUAGCAGAAAAGUUCAGCCUAGAAGGGAAUACUGAGCUACAGGUUGAUGUUAGGCCUCCUACUUCAGGUGACGUGUCUGUUGUGGAUUUCCAAGUUACAUAUAGUAGUGAUAAACUGUUUUUGCACUGGGGGGCAGUAAAGUUCGGGAAAGAUACAUGGUCUCUUCCUAACGAUCGUCCAGAUGGAACCAAAGUGUACAAGGACAAAGCACUGAGAACCCCUUUUGUAAAAUCUGGCUCUAACUCCAUCCUGAGAUUGGAGAUACGGGACGCUGCUAUAGACGCUAUAGAGUUCCUCAUAUACGAUGAAGCCCGAAAUAAAUGGAUAAAGUAUAAUGGUGGUAAUUUUCAUGUCAAAUUGUCAAGAAAAGAGAUACGAGGUUCAGAUGUCUCAGUUGCCGAGGAUCUUGUACAGAUCCAAGCAUAUUUGAGGUGGGAGAGGAAUGGAAAACAGAAUUACACCCCUGAGAAAGAGAAGGAGGAAUACGAGGCUGCUCGAAGAGAGCUACAGGAUGAAAUAGUUCGUGGUGCCUCCAUACAUGACAUUCGAGCAAGGCUAACAAAAACUAAUGAUACAACUAAGGGCAAGGAAGAGCCUCUUGAGCUUGAGAAAGGCAUUACACCUGAUGAGUUGCAGAAAAAGAUUACAAAAGGAGAGAUAAAAACUCAGGUGGUCAAGCAUCUGAAAAAAAGUUAUUCCACUGCUGAAAGGAUCCAAAGAAAGAAGAGAGACUUUGGGUUGCUUAUUAAUAAGUAUCCUUCCAGUCCUCCAGUACAAGUACAAAAGGUCUUGGAAGAACCAAAAGCCUUAUCUAAAAUUGAGCUUUAUGCCAAGGAAAAGGAGCAGCAGGUUCACGACCCAAUUCUAAAUAAAAAGAUCUUUAAGGUCGAUGAUGGGGAACUACUGGUACUGGUAGCAAAGUCUUCUGGGAAGACAAAAGUACAUUUGGCUACAGACCUAAAUCAGCCAAUUACUCUUCACUGGGCAUUAUCCAAAACACCUGGAGAGUGGAUGGCACCACCUUCAAGCAUAUUGCCUCCAGGGUCAAUUAUUUUAGACAAGGCUGGUGAAACACCUUUUUCAGCCAGUUCAUCUGAUGGUCCAACUUCAAAGGCACCGCCUUCAAAUACAUUACCGCCUGGGACCAGUACAUUAGACAAGGGUGUGGAGAUCCCUAUUUCAGCUAGUUCUGAUGUUAUUACUUCUAUGGUCCAAUCUUUGGAUAUAGAAAUUGAAGAUGACAAUUUCGUGGGGAUGCCAUUUGUUCUUUUGUCUGGUGGAAGAUGGAUUAAAAACCAAGGGGCGGAUUUCUAUGUUGACUUUGGUGCAGUCAAAGCAGCACUCAAGGCUGCUGGGGAUGGUAGUGGAACUGCAAAAUCUUUACUGGAUAAAAUAGCAGCUAUGGAAAGUGAGGCUCAGAAGUCAUUUAUGCACCGGUUUAAUAUUGCAGCUGACUUGAUAAAAGAAGCCACUAGCGCUGGUGAACUUGGUUUCGCUGGAAUUCUUGUGUGGAUGAGGUUCAUGGCUACACGGCAGCUGAUAUGGAACAAAAACUAUAACGUAAAACCACGUGAAAUAAGUCAAGCUCAGAACAGGCUUACAGACUUGUUGCAGAAUGCUUUCACCAGUCACCCUCAGUACCGUGAAAUUUUACGGAUGAUUAUGUCAACUGUUGGACGUGGAGGUGAAGGGGACGUAGGACAACGAAUUAGGGAUGAAAUUUUGGUCAUCCAGAGGAAAAAUGACUGCAAGGGUGGCAUGAUGGAAGAAUGGCAUCAGAAACUGCAUAACAACACUAGUCCUGAUGAUGUUGUGAUCUGUCAGGCGUUGAUUGACUAUAUCAAGAGUGACUUUGAUAUUGGUGUUUAUUGGAGGACCCUGAAUGAGAAUGGAAUAACAAAAGAGCGUCUUUUGAGUUAUGACCGUGCUAUUCAUUCUGAACCAAAUUUGAGAAGAGAUCAAAAGGAUGGCCUUUUGCGUGAUUUAGGUCACUAUAUGAGAACACUGAAGGCUGUUCAUUCAGGUGCAGAUCUUGAGUCUGCUAUUGCAAACUGCAUGGGCUACAGAUCUGAGGGAGAAGGCUUUAUGGUUGGAGUCCAGAUAAAUCCUGUAUCAGGCUUGCCAUCUGGCUUUCAGGACCUCCUCCAUUUUGUCUUAGACCAUGUGGAAGAUAAAAAUGUGGAAGCUCUUCUUGAGGGAUUGCUCGAGGCUCGUGAGGAGCUUAGGCCUUUGCUUUUCAAACCGAACAACCGUCUGAAGGAUCUGUUGUUUUUAGACAUAGCCCUUGAUUCUACAGUUAGGACAGCAGUAGAAAGGGGAUAUGAAGAAUUGAACAACGCUAAUCCGGAGAAAAUCAUGUGCUUCAUCUCCUUCGUUCUUGAAAAUCUUGCACUUUCAGUGGAUGAUAAUGAAGAUCUUGUUUAUUGCUUGAAGGGAUGGGAUCAAGCUCUUUCAAUGUCUAAGAGUGGAGACAACCAUUGGGCUUUAUUUGCAAAAGCUGUGCUCGACAGAACUCGUCUUGCACUUGCAAGCAAGGCUGAGUGGUACCAUCACUUAUUGCAGCCAUCUGCGGAAUAUCUAGGAUCAAUACUUGGGGUGGAACAAUGGGCUUUGAACAUAUUUACUGAAGAAAUUAUACGUGCUGGAUCAGCAGCUUCAUUAUCCUCACUCCUUAAUAGACUCGAUCCUGUGCUUCGGAAAACUGCAAAUCUGGGAAGUUGGCAGAUUAUCAGCCCAGUUGAAGCCGUUGGAUAUGUUGCCGUUGUAAAUGAGUUGCUUUCAGUUCAGAACAAAACCUACGAGAAGCCCACGAUCUUAGUAGCAAAAUCUGUUAAAGGAGAGGAGGAAAUUCCUGAUGGUGCUGUUGCCCUGAUAACACCAGACAUGCCAGAUGUUCUUUCACAUGUUUCUGUUCGAGCGAGAAAUGGGAAGGUUUGCUUUGCUACAUGUUUUGAUUCCAAUUUAUUGGCUGACCUCCAAGCAAAGGAAGGAAGGAUUUUGCUCUUAAAGCCUACAUCGUCAGACAUAAUCUAUAGUGAGGUGAAAGAGAUUGAGCUCCAAAGUUCAAUUAACUUGGUAGAACCUGAAACUUCAGCAACACUUAGACUGGUGAAGAAGCAAUUUGGUGGUUCUUACGCAAUAUCAUCCGAUGAAUUCACGAGUGAAAUGGUUGGAGCUAAAUCACGUAAUAUUGCAUAUCUGAAAGGAAAAGUGCCUUCCUGGGUGGGAAUUCCUACUUCAGUGGCUCUUCCAUUUGGAGUCUUUGAGAAAGUACUUUCAGACGAGAUAAAUCAGGGAGUGGCAAAAGAGUUGCAAAUUCUGACAAAUAAACUAUCUGAAGGAGAGUUCAGCGCUCUUGGUGAAAUUCGCAGAACUGUUUUAGAUCUUUCAGCACCAGCGCAAUUGGUCAAAGAGCUGAAAGAGAAGAUGCAGGGUUCUGGCAUGCCUUGGCCUGGUGAUGAAGGUCCAAAGCGGUGGGAACAAGCAUGGAUGGCCAUAAAAAAGGUGUGGGCUUCUAAAUGGAAUGAGAGAGCAUACUUCAGCACAAGGAAGGUGAAACUGGAUCAUGACUACCUGUGUAUGGCUGUCCUUGUUCAAGAAAUAAUAAAUGCUGAUUAUGCAUUUGUCAUUCACACAACCAACCCAUCUUCUGGAGACUCCACAGAAAUAUAUACCGAGGUGGUCAGGGGCCUUGGAGAAACACUUGUUGGAGCUUAUCCAGGCCGUGCUUUGAGUUUUAUCUGCAAGAAAAAGGAUCUCAACUCUCCUCAAGUGUUAGGUUACCCAAGCAAACCGAUUGGACUUUUCAUAAAAAGAUCUAUCAUCUUCCGAUCUGAUUCCAAUGGUGAAGAUUUGGAAGGUUAUGCCGGUGCCGGCCUCUAUGACAGCGUACCAAUGGAUGAGGAGGACAAAGUUGUAAUUGAUUACUCUUCCGACCCAUUAAUAACUGAUGGUAACUUCCGCCAGACGAUCCUGUCCAACAUUGCUCUUGCCGGAAAUGCUAUUGAGGAGCUAUAUGGCUCUCCUCAAGACAUCGAGGGUGUAGUGAGGGAUGGAAAGAUUUAUGUUGUUCAGACAAGACCCCAGAUGUGAUCAUAUUCUCGUUGUAUCAGAUCUGUGACACAAUUACACGGCACAAGUCGCCUGUAUGAUUGUACGCAAUCCAAAACAUCACAUCCUGUUCACUUCAGUUAUUGGGUGAGAACUGAGAAGUAGGCAUUGCAAUCUGAGGAAUUAUAACAGAAACUUUGUAAAAACUAAUUUAGCUCAAUAUGGUAUAGGGAGUGUGUAAACAUUGUACUGUAUAAAGUAUACACGCAUAAUUUAUUUGCAUCAUGCACUGAAUAAUAAUAUGGCAUCAAAGAAGAAAUCCUUUGAAUGGUUCCAGUUGUCGCAUUA